AUGACGAGAAGGAAGGAGAAACAUGCUUUCAUCGUCAAUAACUCCUCGAGAAAAACAACCUACAAAAAAAGGAAGAGGGGCUUGCUCAAAAAAGCGCAUGAGAUAUUCACUUUAUGUGAGAUUUAUGCCGGGGCUAUCAUUUACAGUCCCUACGAUCCUACCCCUGAGGUGUGGCCCUCCGUUGAGGAUUGGACAGUUAACAAUUCCAGCCGGGAUCAUAAUAAACCUGCUCUAGCCAGUGAUCUUAACGAUCUAAGUUAUCUUGUUGACCAGUAUCUUAACAGUCUUAAUCGCAGGAUUCAGAUUUUAGAAGAAGGCUCGGAUGUGGAGAUCGGUGAAUCUUUAUAG